AUGUGGUGCUGCCCGAAGCUGGCAUCCAUUUUGCCUUGCGGCGGUCCUUGUAUACCGUGGUUUGAGCCAACAAAAUGCUGUGCUCUGGCUGUGAACAUCGGCUGCUCGCAAGUGGAGAAGGGCCACCAUGAUUUUUUCACUCUUCUGUCGGAAGAUAUCUGGAGCAACGUCUUGCACAGAUUGAACCCGUCGGAACUCGCGGUACUUCGCUGUGCCGGUGCAGGACUUCUGGCACGACAGCUGCAAAGCACCUGCGAUGAUAGCCUGGUGGCGAUUCUGGGACUGAAGGUUUGUCACGUCCUCGCGGCCCCUCUGCUUAGUUUUGGCUGGCUUUGUACCGGCAGCCCUGUCGCCAGUGGAGAAGAUGGUUGGGAAACUGUUCUGGGUAGCAUCGUUCUUGGGCAAGGAAUCUCUAGCGAAGGAGGUCGACAGCGAUGGCUGCUGGAGAUUCUUUCGUUGAACGGCCUUCUGUGCAUCGGGCUGGCCGAUGAGCGACUACGGUCCAACGCACUCUUGGGUACGAGGAGCAAUGGUCGCUGGCAUGCGUGGGGUUGGGAGUUGGGCCCUCGCGGCUCUCUGGAAGCAGUUAGCUCCUCUGCGACACCCGAGACCGGGCGUCCUCCCCCGUGCCACCUCGUACCAGAAGGUCAGCGUGUCAUUCUGGUCUUGCACUUGCUUCGGAUGGGCUCGCGAAUGCGUUUGGAGCUGGCCGCGAUGAUUCUCUCCUCGAGUUGGCACUGGCACUGCCUGGGCGCGCACUCGUUCUUGACCCCUACACAUUACCAGGACUCUGUCAACGACUCCGUCAAUUUGCGGCCGGCCGUCUCGACAGACAUCGGUGCAACGGUUCGGGUGCUAACAUCGGACGCCUUCUGCUCGACUGCCUGGCUCACGAGUU